GAAGAGAAAUCCACGGGUCAGACAAGCCGCUCUUGUUGAUUAUUCCGUUCGUUAGUUCCGUCGCGGAGCUACGCUAAGCCUACGCCCAUCGGCCCCUGUUUUCCUAAUCCGCUUCUCCUGCUUCCGGGGAAAUUUCGUGUCCAGUAUCUUGAUCUUCCGCCGCCGCGCUUCACGCCAGGGCUCCUUCCACCGGCGUCCUCCUUACCGUCGUCCUCUACUGGUGCUGGACUGCUGCGGGGGUGGAGAUCGGCUUAGAUCAACUCUUAAUUUUGCCGGGACUCUUUAGAGGGCGCGUGCGCUGGUACAGGUACGAGCGCGCGGUUUCCUGUUAUUCUUCCUCUACUCUUCUUAUUCUGCAUCGUGCCGUACUCCCCCGCCGCGCCGGCCAGCGGCGCCGCAACCUCCACGGCUCCAACUCGCCCUUCACUAAUCCGAAUCGGAGUCGUGGCGCCGGCGGCGGUGCCACCCUCCGCCCUCACCUAAUUUCAAUCGGAGGGGGAAAAAGGCGUGCCCUCGCCCCCGCCGCCUCGCUCACCGCCCCUCCAACCGCCACCACCGCUGGGCCGGCCGCCGCCCCCAGGCCUGCCUUUCGAAGCCCGGAGUACAUUGGAGGCUCUUUAAGCUCCACCCCAAACCCUAGCCUUGUUGGCGCACUGUUUUUCUUCGCGUUUCUCAUUCAUUCACAUGUCAACGCUUGUCCACGCGUUGCUACUGUUGGCAGCGAGCGCGUUUUAACAAAAAAUGAGUGAUAACCUGAUGGAAAAGGUUAGCGCCUUUGGUGAGCGCCUGAAGAUCACCGGGACGGAGGUCAGCAAGAAGAUGACGGCCGGAAUGAGCUCCAUGAGCUUCAAGAUGAAGGAGUUGUUCCAGGGGCAGACUCCCGCUGAUAAGAUUGUUGAGGACGCCACCUCGGAGAAUCUGGACGGGCCUGAUUGGAACUCAAACUUGGAGAUUUGCGACUUGAUCAACACAGAGAAAGUUAACAGUGUGGAACUUAUACAUGGGAUCAAGAAGAGGAUCAUGAUGAAGGAUGCGAGAGUUCAGUACCUCUCAUUGGUCCUGCUUGAGACUAUUGUUAAGAACUGUGAGAAGGCCUUCUCAGAAGUUGCGGCCGAACGGGUUCUUGAUGAGAUGGUCAGGUUGAUUGAUGAUCCUCAGACCGUGGUGAAUAACAGGAACAAGGCCCUUAUGCUGAUUGAAGCAUGGGGAGAGUCCGGUGAUGAACUCCGCUAUCUGCCAGUCUAUGAGGAAACGUACAAGAGCUUGAAAUCAAGAGUGCGGUUUCCUGGACGUGACAAUGAGAGCUUGGCUCCCAUAUUUACUCCCCCACGAUCAGUUGCUGAAGCUGAUGUUGAAACCAGCUUGCCCCAGCAGGCGUUCGAAGACGUCCAUGUUCAUACAUAUACUGCUGAAGAAACAAAAGAAGCGUUUGAUGUAGCUCGUAACAGCAUAGAACUUCUUUCGACUGUUCUUUCCUCUUCCCCUGAGCAGGAUGCUUCGCAGGAUGACUUGACGGCCACACUCGUGCAACAAUGCUACCAAUCUCAGCACACUAUCCAGAGGAUUAUUGAGACCGUCGGAGACAACGAAGCUGUGCUCUUCGAGGCCUUGAGCGUGAACGACGAGAUCCAGAAAGUGUUGUCAAAGUACGAGGAGAUGAAGCAGCCCAGGGCCUCGGAGCAUGCAGAACAGAGAGCAGUUGUCAUACCGGUUGCCACAGAACAUGAAGAUCUGACUGCUGCCGUCAAUGAAGACGCCCUUGUCAGAAAACCAGCUGCCGCGAGAACAAGGUCAGGUGGGGAUGAUGAUAUCCUUGAUGAUCUGGACGAGAUGAUAUUCGGCAAGAAGGGAGGUAGCAGCUCCCAGGAAGGGCCGAAGAAGCCAGAUCCAAAGAAGGAUGACCUGAUAACUUUUUAAGCGUACCCUUCUAUAAUUGCAGCCUUUGCUUGCUAUUUUCUGGUGAUGUACCCACUCGGUAGAUUGAAGAUUCCUUAGGAUUUGGAUCGAUUGUCUAUUCGCAUACGAUUCGUAUCUGCCCCCUUUCGGUUUGUUCAGUAAAGUCGCUGCACUUUCUCAGUCUUGUUUCA